UUGAAACGGAUGCCGACACGUCAAUGGAUUUUCAUCGUUCACAUUAUUACAACCAUAUCGGCGCUAGUAAAAUUUUUCAUUUGAUCUCCAUAUUAAUAUGGGCUUUCAUCUAGUUGGUUGGAACUCUACAAAUGACUUGAUCCACUUCUGAAUUUCCCGACCAUCAUGGCCUUCAGUGACAAACUCAUCAGCAAGAACUUGUUUUGAUGUGAACACCUGAAUCGGAACCAGAACCAGAACCAGAGAGAUUUGCUAGCAUCAAGAAAGAAGACUUUAAAGAAGGGAAGACCAUCUGAUUCUUGGGCCAUCUUUGGUUCACAAUGGGUGGCACUGGGAGUAGCCUGAGUGAGCUUGGAGAGAAUGAGUUUCUUCGGAGGUUCGUCGGGAAGGAAUCCAUCGACGAUACAGAUCCUUUUUGGGAGCAGCUCCUGUCCUUUUCAUUCAACAUCCCGCAUAGUAGUGCCGAUGCUAGGCUGAUAGAGGAAUCUUCACAGAAUCUCUGCAAGACACUAGCGCACAGUAAUCUCCAUUCUGGUAACCUGUGUGCCCUAGUUCGUGUGUUCAACAAAAGAGCCAUGCAGCUCAAAGUCUCUGCACAAAAUGAAGACUUUAGGAGGGCUGUAUUGGAGAAGGAAGGCCAUGUCUUCACCUGGCAGACCUACAACGCCCUGUUCAUCAUCCGACGGAGCAUGAAGUACUUCCUGGAGAUGCUGUCGGAGGGGCGUAUCCUCCAGCAGCUGUCGGUCCUGGUGAGAACCAAACCCUCCUCCACCGUGCUCAAUGUGGAAGACGUGAUGGAGAACGGGGACGCAGAUGGAGACGAGUCGCUCCUGGAGAGGUUCAUCCAGACUCUCAUACAACUCCUCAUUGAAGUCCCUGUGCUGAAUUUCACUUAUGUGAUACACCUGGAGACGAUAAACACCCUCCUGGUUCUGCUAUCGGUCCAGAUGUACAUUCCAAGGAUAUCACACAAGAGCCUCAUAACAGAGUACAUCAUGCAUGGAAAAUGCUCCAGUGAUGCCCAUGUUCUGGUUAAGAUUCUCCUGGACCAGUUCAUCAAGAGAGAAGACUGUCCAGCAGAGCUUCUAAGAGACUCGCCCAAACCAGCCAGCUUUCUCUACGGUAUCUCUGCAGCAAUAGCAGCUGGUAUCUGGGCAGUGCUCACACUAGGUUACGGGACAAGAUCCAAGCCGGAUGAUAGAGAAGACAGGGCACUCUUAGCCAACCAGAGUCUCCUACUCCUACAGGUCCUCACCAAUCACUACACACAUGAGAAGGGGAUACACAAUCCCUACAGGAAGGCACUCUGCAAUUUCGCAAAUUCACAAGACGGUGGAAUGCCCAUUGGUCCAUCUGGUUCCCUGCCACCAUUCAAGCUAAAUUCGGCCAACCUGUAUGAAGCAUUCUGCAACCAUCUCAAAGAUGAUCAAAGCACACUCCUCCUCUACCUCCUCCUACAUCAGAACAUCAACUUCAGGAACUACGUCCUUUCAAGAACAAACAUAGACACACUGGUGAUACCCCUACUGAAGAUACUGUACAAUGCCCAGGAGAGGAAUUCACAUCACAUCUACAUGACUCUCAUCAUCCUGCUCAUCCUGAGUGAAGAUGAUUCCUUCAAUAAGUGUGUUCAUGAAUUGAUGGUGAAACAAGUGACAUGGUACACAGACAGAACCAUCACAGAGAUCACACUUGGUGGCCUGAUUGUUCUGGUUGUCAUUAGGACCAUACAGUACAACAUGACAAGAAUGAGGGAUAAGUACCUGCAUACAAACUGCUUAGCAGCUCUUGCCAACAUGUCUUCUCAGUUCCAUUCCCUGCAUCCCUAUGUUACACAGAGAAUAGUCAGUUUGUUUGAGUUACUGAUCAAGAAGCAUGAUAAGAUUGUAGAGCAGCUGAGAGCAUCAUCAGCGCUUGAACCCAAUGGAGACCUUACACAGGAUGCUGAGGUGGAACACGAUGAUCUGUUAUCAGAUCUUAGCGUGUUGGAGGAGGUCAUUCGUAUGGUGCUAGAAAUCAUCAAUUCAUGUCUCAUCAACAUGCUCCCUCACAAUCCUCAUCUAGUCUACACGUUACUCUACAAGCAAGACCUUUUCACUAGCUUCAAAUCACAUCCCAAGUUCCAGGACAUCAUACAAAAUAUUGACACGGUACUGACGUACUUCUCUGUGAGGUUAGAAGAGACUCAAGAAGAGCAUGACUCACCGUCAGUUCAUGAAGUCUUAGGCAUCAUCAAACAAGGCAUGCUGCAAUGGCCCAGGGAUAGGUUGAGGAAAUUUCCUGAGCUGAAGUUUCGAUACGUAGAGGAGGACCAACCAGAGGAGUUCUUCAUCCCCUACGUGUGGUCCCUAGUCUAUCACUCCUCAAACAUGUACUGGGAUCCAGACCGUGUAGAACUCUUCUCUCUUAAUGCUACAUGACACACCCUAGCCUAAGAGAUGUUUAAUAUAGAACUCUUGUGGUGGUACUCGGUCCAUGGCUGUGCAAACUCCAGAUCGGGUAGAUGCUACAAUACAUGACAGCUUCGACAGAACUUGUGCUGUGUGUUGAUCUGGAUUGCAUAGAACUCUUCUCUCUUAAUGCUACAUGACAUAUCCUAGCCUGAGAGACGUUAUAGAACUCUUGUGGUGGUACUUGGUCCAUCGCUAUGCAAGGUUUAUUGGACUCCAGAUCACCGUAGAUGCUACAAGUCAUAACAGCUUCGACAGAACGUGUGCUGUGUGGUGAUCUGGAUUGUUUGUUAAGAACCCUUCUCCAGGAGUGAUACAAGACAUCAUAGCCUGUAAGAACCCCCUGCUGACGUGUUUUAAGGACACAAAGUAUGCAUGCCUGCAGGAUAGUUCCAUUGGACAAGCGACUGUAACUCCUUUUUCUGAGGAGUAGGUAAUUCCCAAAGACCCUCUAAUAUAAACGUGCAUCUUUCCCCCAUGCUCAGACAGUUCAAUAUAUGCUCAACUUAUCCAAUUUCACAAUCUACCCUAGACUCGCAGUAUAACCAUACCAGUAAUUGUAAAUCGAACCUAAAGCCCAAACACAGCUAGCUUUAGACCAAACCUUCAAAAUUGAAGCUCAGAACGAAUGCUGUCAGAGCAUUGUUGCCAAAGCUUAUGUUGGAUAACUUCCUACGCAAUCCUUGAAUUACAGUCCUGGGGGGUGUUUCACAAAACUUGUCAUCAGUGACAAAUUACUAACAUCCCUGCUUCUGAUUGGUUAUCAGCAGAUUUCUCUCUGGUUUUUGUCAUUGAAAAAAGGCUUUGUGAAACAACACCACCCAGGAUCAAUUUUAGAUUUAGAGAAGUUCGCAUCUUACAAAGUGUGAUUUACACUGACAGUAUCCUAUUGAGGGGAUUAGAAAAUUGAUCCGUGGCAUGAUAGCUGCCCUCAUGAACAUUCUAUUGAGAUACAGAUUUCAAAUUUCAUCAAGAAAAGUGUCCUGUAAGACUCUGAUGUUAAUGAAACUUCAUUUGUUGGUGCAGAAGUUAGUUCCUUCUCUUACAACUAAAUUGACAAAAUCUUGGAAAGGAAAGAAAACUUUUCCCAUCUGUAUAUGACGAGGAUUAUCAUCACUGCUGAAUGUAACUAUCCAUUUAUGGCCUAUGUUUUUUUUUAUUUCCAAGGGGAUGGGGAGAAUGAUUAUUUCCAGCAUGUUUGUACAUACAUGAUAUGUAUAUUCGGCAAUAUUUAGUUUCAUAGUGUAUGAUUAUUUUAAUAUUUUAUUACCAUUUUGCAAUAAGGUUGUUAACUUAUUUUAUCACAGACUGAAAUGUGCACAGAAAAGCCAAAUUAGUUGAUUAUAUGGAAGCCAACAUUGGUUCUAGCAAUUAAAUUCAGUGCACUUUUCAGCUAAUUAGUGUAUAUCAGGUAGUGUUUGUGUUUUUUCUACAUAUGUGCAAAUUGUGUAUAAAGAAAGAUCUUCCUAAUUCAAAUUAGAAUUUGUAGAUAGCAAAUUUGAUAUCUUUGCUGAAAAUCACUUUUAUAUAUGUUAAUUAUCCAUGCUGUAUACUGUAUGAUACAAAUGAUUCUUGUGCAAGAUGCUUUAUAAGAUUUCUAUGGAUAUACUCUAUGUUGGGGCUAGAAUCAUAUUUGGUUGCAGAUUACAUUUAUCUCAACUUACCUGAUAACUUCUAAUGAGGACCACUCUUUAUGUUACAUCUGAAACAUUAUUUCUAAUUUUUCAAUCUUUGGAGAGUGGCAACCACUUAAAAGAUAAUCUUGAGUUUUGGGUGAUUGAAAUAUAAUUAUGGAGAAACUGUCUUAAAGUGAUUUCAGAUUGUUCAAUAUGUUAUGUAUAAGAACCACCACAAAUUAUGGGGUAGGAAGGUAGGAAGACUAAUUUGCAGUCCCAGUUGUUGCACUUACCAUUCUUUGCCUGUUAUUCCGACAUGAAUUUUGUACAAGAUUUAUUUUUGGCAGUUCUUAUUUAUUGUAGCAUUUGGUUGGAUUCCUCACCAUUUGUUUUCAUAUGUGGUGCUGCUGUGCAUGGAAAAACAAACAAUAAAACAAAUUUAGAAAUAGAUACAGUAUUGAAUAACACAUUUGACUGUAUACAUAAAUAAUUUAUUAAUGUUCAAUUUUUUAAUUUCCUUGUCUUUAGAAUUGGUUUUGGGAUAUUUGUUUAUUCAUCAAUGAUGUUAAACAUUAAUAAUGCAAAUUUUAUGUCUGUCAGAAGGAAGAUUCAGAAUUCUAUCUUAUGAACAUUAUUCUCAAAUCAAAGCAAAUUUUAUCACCUUUUAGGGGGAAAAUGAAUAGUCUAUAUGGAAAUGAAAUCACUCCAUGUUAAGUGUGCUAGUCUAUAUCCUUUUUGAAUGAAACAACCUUAGUAUGCUUUGAUCAAUAGUUAUUUAAACAGUCUAGAUGCAAAUAGGUCCAUUGUUUCAUAUAUGAAAACAUGUAUUAUAAUUAACAUGAUUUAAUCUAUAUCUACUAACUUUAGAGGUAAGUUGAAUCAAUCAAAAUGAAAUACAGCAAGCAGAAGCCUGCAGAGGCAUAUCAAGUUCAUAUGGUACAAUGUAGUUCAAUUGUAGUAAAAGAAUGAUAUUCCCCAUGUGUGGGUAUUCAUUGUUAAGCAAGGUAACUAGUGUGUUGUAAUUUUACACAACUAAGCCUGGAACUGGAGUCUUGUGGUUUUCUAAAGAUAAAGACUCCCCCCAAUUUAGCUAUUUGAAUACUAGGAAAAGCACAAAGUAGAAUAUUGCACUACAUUAUUCACCGUCACAUUUAUUUUAUUUAAAAAAGAAAGAUAAAAAGGGUGGUAUUAAAACUAAAAGUUACUAUGUUUCAGCAGAAAAUGAAUUUUUCUGCCAUUACGGAAUAUGAUAAUUUUCUCUGUAUUGUAUUAGGUGUUCAAAUGCUCAUUGAAGUUGCCAUUUUACAAAAUAUCUGUGACUGCGGGAAAGUAAGUUUGUCAGGGUUUGCUGACUCCCAUUCUAGAAGUCUCCUUAAUAUAUUGUCUAUGGUGCACACAUAUGAAGUUUACAUUUAUCACAUGGAGAGAUCAUUCUGAUGUUGUGUUGCAGAUUGUUUUUGCAUCUUGCUACAUUGGGCAAUCUACUUAAUUAGGAGCUGAUUCGAUUUCUGGUUUAUAGUUCUUGAGAGUUCUGUGAUAGAGAUGCAGUUAUUAAAGGAAUUACUUAUAACUUUACAUAGAAGUAAAGGUAGUUGUAAAUGAAUUCUGUCUUAACAUGUGAGAAAAAAAUAUUCAUAGAAGUUGUCAAUGUUAAUUCUUUAAAGAUGUGACGAAAUGCAUGUCGAUUUUCUGUGAUAAUUUUUAUAAACCAUAUUAUAUGUUACUCCAACAUUACUCUAACAUUAUGAAUAAGGGGAUUAAUUUUAAAUAAAUUCCAUGUAAUUGUCGGCCCAGGCAAUAUGGUUUUAAUUUCUAUACCAUUUUGGGGCUCAUUUUUUAUAAUCUCCAUUUGAAGAAAAAUUGAUAGCACCAUUUAUGUUAAUUUAUCUAGAGCUGUUCAUUUGCUUAUCUUUCAACAGUUCAGAGAGCCAGCAACACAUCAUGUAUUAAAACUCUCCUAGUCUUAUGUGUUAUACUUGAUAUUUUUUUCAAUCAGAAAAGUUUGAUUAUAAAGCAUUAUGUGUGAAAUAACGUUUCACAUGACUAUAUAUUUUAUCCUUUAAUGUGUUUGUGUCCCUAAACACCUUAUUUGCUGUAUUCAUUUUUUUUCUUCUGACGUAUAGAGAUAUGAUAAUUUCUCACUGAAACACAAGCAGUGAUUAGCUUGGGUAAUAAUUUCUUGUGACUGGUUGUAAAUACAAAGAAGAAGCUGUGUACAAAAUCUAUCAGAAAUAUGUUCAUAAUGCUAUAAAAUAGAAUUAAAAUGAUAUUUUGUAAACUCAA